AUGCCUGCCCCAGGGGACCAACACACCAUAGUCGCCAACCCUUUCGAGGAGGCCAAGCCGCGCGUCUCAGAAUACACAGCGCAGGAGAUCGCCACGCUGCAGUCCCGCCUCGAGAAACAGCUCGGGCCCGAAUACCUGUCCGCACGCACGGGGCCUUCGGGACAAAAGGUCCACUACAUCGCCGCUGAGAAAUGCAUCGCCCUCGCCAACGAGGUUUUCGGCUUCAAUGGCUGGUCGUCAAUGAUCAAAGAAGUACAGGUGGACUUUGUCGACGAGAACCCCCAGACGCUCAGGAUCUCCCUGGGAUUGUCCGUAAUUGUCCGCGUGACGCUGCGAGAUGGGACAUUCCACGAGGACAUUGGCUACGGCCAGAUCGAGAACUGCAAGAGCAAGGCGCAAGCUUUUGAAAAGGCGAAGAAGGAGGGGACCACCGAUGCACUGAAGAGGGCGCUGAGGAACUUUGGAAAUGUGCUGGGCAACUGCAUCUACGACAAGGAUUAUCUGAAGAAGGUCACCAAGCUGAAGCCCCAGCCCAACAAGGGCUGGGAUGAGAGUGGGCUGCACCGGCACGCAGACUUUGUCAAGAGGGUUGAAGUCAAAAAGGAGCCUUCUGCCCAACAUAUUGGCAACGCAGCGCCUUCCGCUAUCGAAUCUUUUGAGGACCUCCUUGGAGAGUUUGAUGAGGCGGAUUUUAAUAUGGUGGAUGAUGACCACCCAGACGAGGUUUCACUAUCAGAAAGCGCGAAACCAACUCCUCAGCCGAAUUUCAAACCAAACCCACAAGCCAUGCAGCCACCUUCGAGACCUCCAGCAAGGUCACACUCAGCAGGAAACCCACCUCGGCCACCUCAAAAUCCUGCCCAAGGCCAGCAGAAUCCGCGACCAGGAGGUCCAAAUCAACCUGUCCAGAACGCUCCGCGACCACCACAACAAAACCAGCAUCGACCCCAGGCCAAUGGCCCCGCGCAGACCAAUAAUUCAAGCAACAGUGGCCCUGUUCAGCCACCACCACAGGCGCAAAGUGACAGCUCAGGUACCAACGAAACGGUAGGAUUUUUUUCCGCCCGCGCGGUAAAACAGCUUGCUGGCCAGAAGGAUGACGAAGUCAUGCUUCCUAGCACACCCUCAGGCGCUCAGGUCUUUAACCCCCACGCCGAAACCCCCUCGGUCUUCAAAACACCCGGAAUCGACUACACUAAGUCACGGCCACUUGGGAGAGACCUCAAGCACCACGCACCAGUUGACAUUGACGACGACAGUGGCAUUGGAGACCUAGGCACAGCGCCGUCCACCCCGUCCGCGAACAACGGCUUCAGCCGCGCCGGGGCAGCUCAACAGGGCCCUGGCAACGCACAGAGGGGCAACGUCGUCAACCCGCAGCUCAAUCAGGCGAGACGGAUCGGAGCACCGAUGGGCCCGGGUAGCCCCCUGGGCAACAGGGGCCAGUACCGCCCGCCGACGUUCAAGAGGCCUCCCCCUGGCGAGGGCCAGAACGGCGUCGCCGGGGGAGGCGGUGCGAGGCCGGCGUUGACCGAGGUUUCCACGAAUGGCACGACUGCCGCCGCUCCUGCGAGAGCGGGAGGCGGCAUCGGUGGUGAUCCCAAGAGGCAGAAGAUUGGCUGA